AUGUCACUCACCCCUGCUAGACCUUUCAGGAUCUAUCAUCACAAAGCGUCCUGGAAUAUUAGUCUGUCAAGAAACUUCUGGACAGUAUUUCUAAGAUUGAAGAUGUCUUUGAAGCGGCGGCUGGUGUCCAUGUUCUUGUGCUGUGUUUACUGUCUGGCCUCGCUCUUCUGCCUCCAUCCAAACCGGAACAACUGGUUCUCUGCCGGGGCUCGGAAUCUGGUGUCGGUUGUCCAGCAGCUUUACCAGCGGGUCAUCCGUCUGCUGAGAACCACGCUGUGAACACACACACACCUUCUCGUGUGUCACACACUGGCGUGUGAGGGAGUCAAGCACUGAGCAAAACCUGCCACCAUGUCUGCCAUCAAGCACCCCCUCUGCCAGUUAUUACUGAACAAAAUGAAGGGGCGAGAGAGGAGAAACACCGAGUAUCAUCUCAUGUCCUGCUGAGGAUUCUCUGAACUGAGCUCUAACCCUGUCUCAUUGUUCAUUGAAUCAUCGUUCAGAUCGUCUCUGACAAAUUAAAUAAAUUAUGAUUCAGAUACUCAAAGAAAUCGAGUAUCUGAGCAUUUCUAUUUUUCUACUGAUGAAAACUGAGGUGUGAAGGAAAUGGACGGGAUAUUAGCUGUUGUUGAACUUGAGUGACAGAUUGUCCAUAAAAAUGACUGAACACUCACUGUUGUUGUUGUGUGUGCUGAUUUCAGGAGAAACUCCAACACACAAAUGACCACAUCGGGUUUUUUAUUGCAUCAGACUGGCAAAGUUGAGUUGCAGGUCAUGAAAUGAGUGGAGCUUAAAAAAGUAGAUAUUUGAGCAGGCAAAAGAUUUUUACCCUAUGAGUUACCCUAAGGAUAGAGUUUGGUGAAAACAGUCACCGGUUGGGGAACAUGCAAGACAUGCAAAAAUAAGUCUGAUAAUAAAAUAUAAUUAUUAGAGACAGGAAAGAAUAACAAAA